AAAUGAAAACAUAACCUACAAUUCUCGCUUGACUGUCAGUUUGACACUUUUGACUGUAAAGUUUGAAAUUUGAAUGCGUGUUCAUUGCCAAUUUUUAUUAUAACUGCACUUGAAAAGUAUUACACGUAUCUUUCUACAAGUGGGAGAAUUUAUCAAUUUUGCAAGUCUCAGCUAAAAUUGUAUUUCAACUUAGAAAAAAAUAGUUCUGUACUCCACGUAUACUGUGUUACAUGUGAGAAACCGGCUCAAAAGUUUGCAUAAUACUAUAAAAUAACUUACUAUUUUAAGAGAAACUAUGGGAGCCAACGAUUUCUGUUCUAAAACUGUAUGUUUGUUUGAUGUUGAUGGAACUUUAACAGCACCAAGACAGGUGAUAACUGAGGAUAUGAAAAAUAAUAUUGUAAGCUUGAAGAAGUAUUGCACUGUAGCAGUAGUUGGAGGAUCUGACAUGGAUAAAAUAUGUGAACAGUUGGGUGGAAAAGAAGUGUUGAAUGCAUUGGACUACGUAUUUGCCGAGAAUGGGCUUCAUGCAAUAUCGCGAGGUGAAGACCUGGCAAUUCAGAGCAUCCAAAAACAUUUAGGAGAGGAAAAACUUCAGAAAUUCAUAAAUUACUGUUUACACUACAUGUCGGAGCUUCAAAUUCCAGUGAAGCGAGGCACAUUCAUAGAAUUCAGGAAAGGAAUGCUCAAUAUUAGUCCAAUUGGAAGAAAUUGUUCAAGGCAAGAAAGAAAUGAUUUCGAGAUCUACGAUAGAGAGCAUAGAAUUCGACAAACGUUCAUUGAUAAUCUUCAGAAAACAUUUCCAGACUUCAACUUGAAAUACUCUAUAGGUGGCCAAAUAAGUUUCGAUGUCUUCCCGAUUGGGUGGGACAAGACUUACUGCCUACAAUUCUUGAACAGUUUUGAAGACAUCCACUUUUUUGGAGAUAAAACUGAUAUUGGAGGCAAUGACUAUGAAAUAUUUAUCCAUUCAAAGACCAUCGGGCAUUCAGUUACAUGUCCUGAUGAUACAGUAGCGCAUUUGAAGAAACUAUUCCCUUAUCUAUAAAGAGCCUGACUGCAAUCAUCUACUGCCUCCAUAUCUGACAAUCAAUAUUUAUCAUGAGGAUGUUUGAAUUGUGACAAACGAUUAGUGAAAGCAAUUAGUUGACUAAAAAUAGUUUUUAUUCCUUAACGCUGAUGAAGCCUAGUGCUCUAGAGCACUUCAAACUGUUAUCAUUGAUUCAGUCAUAACCAGUCAUAGGAUAGAUUCCUAUUUCAAUUAAGUUCGAAAUUGAUGACACCAUUAUUUCUAAUUUAUUUUAUAAUACAAAUAUUAUUCACCUAGCUCAUUCAUUCUACUGAAAAACUAGUUACGUUUUUUGUUAUUGUUAUUCUCUCUGGAAGAUUUCUCUAUGGAUAUCUGUGAAUUUUCGCGGAACACUAUUUUCCAAUUCACUUCGAAAUAAUGUGUAUUAACUAUUCACUUUAAUAAUGUAUUUUAGUUUAUUUAUACACAGUA